AUGUCCAACCAACCUAGCAUCAGCCAUGCAACUCGCGAGGACGUGCCUCACAUUCUCAACCUCAUCCGUGCACUAGCCGACUACGAAAAGGCCCUCUCAUCCUGCCACGCAACCGAGGAAUCUCUAGCAUCAACUCUCUGCUUUGCCCCCUCACGAGGCGAGCCCCCAUCAGGAUCCGGCUACGCCAAAGUCCUUUUGAUCCGCACCCCCGACGACUCAGUAGCUGGCAUGGGAUUGUACUUCAACAACUAUUCGACCUGGUGGGCAGCACCCGGCGUCUACCUCGAAGACCUGUUCGUCCUCCCUGAACACCGCAACAAAGGGUAUGGAAAGCUGCUCAUCGGGGCUUUGGCAAAGGAAGUCAAGAGGAUUGGGGGUAAGAGGUUGGAGUGGUGCUGCUUGAAGUGGAACAAGCCAUCGCUGGAUUUCUACAAGAUGUUGGGGGCUGAGCAGAUGGAAGAUUGGGUCACUUUGAGAGCGGAUGGUGACGCUCUGGACAGGUUGGCUGGUUCGGCUGAGAAGGCGGCUAAGGUGCAGAUUGAUGGUAAAUGA